AGAAGUACGGCUACACCACUGUUUUCUCUUUCUUCUAUUAUUAUAUGACUUCGCUGUUAUAGAGAGAAUUGAGAAGAGGAGGCUCAAGAAACGAGGUUGAGCCUAUUCCCUUUUCGGUGCCUCCUUUCCUUCUGCCCUUUUAAUCCUUGUGCUACACUCUUUUAACCAUCCAUGUUCCAUCACCAUCUCAAAUCUCUCGCUAGUUGAGAAAAAACAGAGAUAUAGAGAGAGAGAGAGAAUAGAGCUUAAUAUAUAUAUAUAUAUGCACAGUGUCUUUCACUUCCUGAACCUUUUUGCUCUUUAAUAACCACAACCCUUUGCAUAUUUAUUAUAUUUCACAUCUCAAUCACUACAUCUCUCUCCCAUCUUUUUCUAAAGUUUUUCUCACCCUCGCUCUUUCCCUGAAAUGGGCUCCAACCAAAAAUUUAUGUGUGGCCAUAAGCUUCAUCAUCUUAUCAUUUCUUUCCUCUUUCUCUUGAUUUCAAGCUGGACCCAACUGAGAUUCAUUGCUGAAGGUAGAACAAUUUUCAGACCAGUUGAUCAUUCCCAGGAAGAGAAGGCAAUGUUGAGAGGGCAAAUUGGAUCGAGGCCGCCAAGGUGUGAGAGGAGAUGCAGUACAUGUGGGCACUGCGAAGCGAUUCAGGUGCCCACUAAUCCCCAAACGAAAACUGGGAGUAGUAGAAGAGGGAACUCUUUUUCUUCAAAAAUGUCAUAUUCGUCCUCCACAACCAUAAUCCACUAUGACAGAGGUGGUGAUGACAGUAGCUCCUCCAACUACAAGCCCAUGAGUUGGAAGUGCAAAUGUGGGAAUUCCAUCUUCAACCCUUGAUGAUCGUGAUCGUUACUUCUACCACUAUUUUACUAUUAAAGUCUUUCAAUCUUGUACCACCUAGCUACAGCACUUUCUCUGUUUGUUGUGUCGUUUUCUUUUCUUUUUUUUUUGGUUUUUUAAUGUUGUGGCAAGCUAUUUGAUUGUAUAAUCGUGUUUUUCACUUUUGUUUCACAUUGCUCCUGUAAUUUUUCUUCCAUUGUUGUUUAUAUAUGAAAAUUUAUUCCUUGUGAUUAAGUUCUGCCA